GCCGCCAUUAACCCCCGCCUGCCCGGGCGGCCCUGAUGCGCAGGCGCUGCCGGGCCGCUGCCUGCCGCCGCCAUGAGCUCGGCCGCCGGCCCCACCAACCGCGCCUGGCACGUGGAGCUGCCCUCGCAGCAGCGACGGCUUCGCCACCUACGGAAUAUCGCUGCACGGAAUAUUGUUAAUAGGAAUGGUUUUCGCCUCCUGGAUACCUACUUCACGCUUCACUUGUGUGAUAACACCAGGAUAUAUAAAGAAUUUUAUCAGAGCGAGGUGAUUAAGAACUCUCUGAAUCCAACAUGGAGGAGUCUUGACUUCGGACUAAUGCCUGAUCGCCUUGAUACAUCGGUGUCGUGCUUUGUGGUGCGGAUCUGGGGUGGCAAGAAAGAGCAUUAUCAGAUGUUGAUUGAGUGGAAGGUCAAUCUGGAUGGACUGAAAUACUUGGGUCAACAGAUACAUGCCCGAAAUCCAAAUGAAAUCAUUUUUGGUUUGAAUGAUGGUUAUUAUGGCGCUUCAUUUGAACAGAAGGAUCACUCAGGUACCCAGAAGAAUAGUCUUCUCCAGGUGGAUCAGAAUUGUGUUCGUAACUCUUAUGACGUCUUCUCUCUGCUUAGGCUUCACAGAGCCCAGUGUGCAAUUAAACAGACUCAGGUAACUGUUCAGAAAAUAGGAAGAGAGAUCGAAGAAAAACUGAGACUUACAUCUACAAGCAACGAACUGAAAAAAGAAAAUGAAUGUUUACAGCUGAAGAUCCUGGUGCUUCAGAAUGAGCUUGAGAGGCAGAGAAAGGCCCUAGGCCAAGAGGAGGCCUUAUUACACAAGAAACAAAAUGUGUUGCAUGAGAAAGAAAACACUUUUAAGACUGAAUACCAGAGGCUGCAAGUACAUAAUGAAUCUCUACAUGAGUUAAGAAAAGAAUGCACUGCUAAGAGAGAGCUAUUUUUGAAGACCAAUGCACAGUUGACCAUUCGAUGCAGACAGUUGUUAUCAGAGCUUUCUUAUAUUUACCCUGUUGAUUUGAACGAUCAAAAGGAUUACUUUGUUUGUGGAGUCAAGCUGCCUAAUUCAGAAGACUUUCAAGCAAAAGACGAUGGAAGCAUUGCUGUUGCUCUGGGCUACACUGCUCACUUGGUCUCAAUGAUUUCCUAUUUCUUACAAGUGCCACUCAGGUAUCCCAUAAUUCACAAGGGCUCCAGGUCUGCAAUCAAAGACAAUAUCAACGACAAACUGACAGAGAAAGAACGCGAGUUUCCAUUGUAUCCAAAAGGAGGGGAAAAACUUCAGUUUGAGUAUGGAGUGUACCUUCUCAACAAAAACAUAGCACAGCUUAGGUAUCAACAUGGACUGGGUACUCCAGAUCUAAGGCAAACUCUUCCUAACCUGAAAAACUUCAUGGAGCAUGGGCUAAUGGUCAGAUGUGAUCGGCAUCACACUUCUAAUGCAAUUCCAGUUCCAAAGAGACAUAGUUCUACCUUCGGGGGUUUGGAUAUGGGCUCCUCCCCAGAGAAAGGACACCGGAAGCGGGCCAGCACAGAGAGUGAAAGACUGCAGCACAAAACAUCCCCUUCUAGUUACCACUCUGCGUUAGCACAGCCCGUCACCAUUGCAGGAGAGUCAAAUAAAAAACCAGGAUCGCUCUCCUCAUCCUUAGAUACCUCCAUCGACUCGUCGAAAGGAACCAACAAAAAACCCGAAGGUUUGUGUGACAGUUUAAAUGGAGAAAACGGGGGUCUGAACAAUGUCCAGGACCAGCAGGAGUCUUUUGUGGGACAUCCGAGUGCAAUAAACGGGACAUUUCUACCUAGUGACUGCUCUGGCAUUGCAAGCGGCGGGCAGCCAUGUGAGCUGCGUCACCCCCUUGGCACUGAGCUUUGCUGCACGGUGGAGCAAGCUGAGGAAAUCAUUGGGAUGGAAGCCACGGGGUUCAGCACAGGAGAUCAGCUAGAAGCCUUUAACUGCAUCCCGGUGGACUGCGCCGUGGCCGUGGAAUGUGAUGAACAAGUUUUGGGGGAGUUUGAAGAGUUCUCCCGAAGGAUCUAUGCACUGAAUGAAAACAUGUCCAGCUUUCGCAGGCCACGCAAAAGCUCGGACAAAUAAGCAAGCUUGACGAACGUGGCGUAGCAGACGUUAGCAAGGUGAAAUCAGUGAUCUGGAAUGAAGAUGAUGAAAUUGCACUUAUCGUUUGUAUUUGUUAUGGCAAAAAUGAUUAAAGCUGUUCCUAUUGCGUUAGGAGAUGGACUUUAUAACCAAGAGUGAAUAGCCCAGGAUCAUGGUGUAUUCACAGUGCAGGUAAAUUUUUGACUCUGCUUCCAGUCCUUCCUUUGUCUGGUAUUUAUAAUCUGUUUUUUCAGGUACCAGCGUCCAUUCUGAAUACUUUCCUUGAGAGAGCAUCUAGUGCCGCUCCGGCCCUUGUAUGAAUAUGCGUCUGCUUUAAUUAUUAUUUAGAGUUAUAUUUUAUUUUCUAUCUUUUUGAGAGGAAAGAACUUUAAUUUAAAAAUACAUUUAUGGGAAGACCAGCAGACAUUAUUUUUUACCUUCUCCCAUAUACAAUUUUUCUUGAGCAAUGUAGUCAGUGUUACAGAAAUACCAUGAAUUUGCUACUCGGGAGCAGCUUGUCUUAUUCAGCUGUGCUUCGCAGUCUUUUGAAGUUCUGAGAAGGCACUGAUGGGUUUCUAGUUCUUCAAAACCCGGUGUACCAGAGAACGCGCAUCUGCACACUAACCACAGUGUCUUUCCCCACAAAUGAUAACCACACCACUUAACUUCCCUUCCCUCCCCGCUCCUUUCACACGCACUGCUUGCUACCAAUGGGUGCAGUCUUUAGACAGACCUCAAGGGCAAAGUAACACUUAACUGUUCUUAAAAUGUCAUCUUUAACCAGUUCGAAUGAACCAUCUCCCAAUCUGGGAUUAAAAUACUGUGCCUAGGCCAGAGGCCAAAGGGGAACAAAUGCACUAUGUCAGUAGGUGCCACCUGUCGUGUGUUUUAUGACAUGUAGUUUCAGACAAUGUGCUGUGAUGCGUUUCAUGGACCUGUUCUUAAGUAAUCCAGACUCAAAAUGCAGUCAACACAUUGGAGUUAGGUUAAUUUAUUAACUCCACCUUUUGUAGAAAGGGGGCACUUCAUAUCACUCAUCUAAAAUACCUAACCUCUUCUAAUUGUACCACCUCUACUUUGAAUGGAGCGGUUUUCAACAGCUUACCAGAGACGCAGUUUGAUUGUAGAUAGGUAGUUUACCACUGGCACGUAUUUCAACUGCACUAACGGGAAAACAGAAUUUGCCGUCGGCUUGUGAUUCCUGGUAUUUGUUUGGGUUCAGAUUUCAUUGCUCUUGCUUUCUAUAUUGUAUACCUAAGAAUUCGGGCUCGGUUGUGAGCUCGCAAAUAUAAAUAUAUAUAGCAGAAUAAAAAUUUAAUUUACUUCA